AAGACACAGACACCAUGUCGAGUCAGCCCGCCUCCCAAGGCGCCGCCAAACCGCAGCCGGAGACAGCACGGCCAGAGAAAGUCCAGAAUCCUUCUGCACCUCUGGAAGAAGAUGAUGAGUUUGAAGACUUCCCGGUAGAAGAUUGGCCUCAAGAAGAAGCUGAGGCUCCGAACGGAGGAUCUGGCAACGACCAUUUGUGGGAAGAGAGCUGGGACGAUGAUGAUGCGAGCGAAGAUUUCUCCAAGCAGCUUGCUGAGGAACUGAAGAAAGUCGAAGCUGCUAAGCGGUGA